GACGGAGAACAUGUGUGCAUGGUAAUGGAGCACUUCUUCGCGGAGACCGGAGAUAUCACGGAGGACUUCGAACAAUUCGAGGAGGAUGUCAUCAAACUCUUCCCAGAAACAUCUUCGAUGGAGUUCUCAGACAGCAUGAUACACCCUGUGUACAUGAGCGCUCAGGAGUUGCACGGCCGAGAAGGAGACCAUAUGUCGCGAAAGACUAUGGACUACUGCUAUGACGAUUCCCAGAUGUACCUCCUCACCCGGCAAGACCCAGAGGCAACUGUAGACUACAACUGUGUAGGGGGACGAGAAGAGGAAUUCAUGAUGCCCGUCGGUUAUCACGAGAAACCAGAUGGCUCUUCUUCUUACAGUUUGGGAAUGUACAAAAUGUGCAUCCACGAAGAGCACAAUCAUCACUAAUCGUGACACAAUAAUUCAGCCAUCUAUUACGCUACAAUUAUGUCAUAUAUCACGCAAUAAACGUAAUUACUAAAAGAAUUGCUCAAACAUGCAUCCCAAGACUCAAGACAAUUGAUGUUAAUUCGAUGAACCCAAGAAUAUAUUCUUAAUCAAUACCAAUGGAAUCCGUAAUAAUAAAAAUAUAAUUCGUAGCAGCUAGAUUGUUCAGAUUAGAAUAAAUGUCCCGUUUUACAUUUCCUUCUUUAAUGUGCGAAAUUUCCCAGUAGUUGAAACGUAUUUGCCCAGUAGUAUUUAGGGUGAGUGGGCAAUC